AUCAAAAGGCCCAAGUCCGAACCAAAUAGCCAAAUAGGCGAAUCCACUUGGUCCUUCUUCCAUCGCCAUUAACGCACCCAAAUUCAGAGCUCACCAAAACACCGAAAUAGAGAGAGAAAGAGAGAGAAAUGGGGGUGAUGCAGAGGCUCAGGAUGUUUGUCGCUGAAGAACCAGUCGUCGCUGCUUCUUGCAUUAUUGGUGGAAUUGGACUUUUUCUUCCAGCUGUGGUGAGGCCUAUGUUGGAUUCUAUGCAAGCAGCUAAGCAAGUACCUCCACCCCCUUUGAGUGAUGUUGUUGCUGGUGUUGUUGGUAAAAAAGAAUGAAGUGAUCAUGGAUGUGAGUCCUGAUUUUUCUUAACUGUUUCCUUGUGUUCUUUUAAUGUGAGAUAUUCUCUCAUAGGAAAUAAGCCAUUUUUGUAUGAGCUAGAUGUACUGUAUUUCAUGUUUCUCCGAUUUGAUUUAAUGGAAAAUGUUUAGUAUGUCUUGUAAGUUAUCUGUUAAAUGUGAAACCUGUUUCUUGCA